CAACGCAUCGAUCUUAUCGCAGGUACAAUGAAAUACCUAGUCGUCGUCUUUAUCACCGUGUGUGUCCUCUCGUCUUCUUCCGUUCUCGCCGAAGAGAUGUACACCACAAAAUUCGACAAUGUAGACGUGGACGCGAUAUUAAGCAACGACAGGCUGUUAAAUGGAUACGUGGGUUGCCUGCUUGAUAAGAAUCCUUGCACCCCAGACGCAGCGGAACUCAAAAAGAAUCUGCCGGAUGCGUUGGAGCACGAUUGCGCCGGUUGUAGUGAGGCGCAAAAAAACAUGGCCGACAAGAUCUCUCAUCAUCUAAUCGACAAUAAACCGGAAGAUUGGAAAUUAUUGGAGGACAAAUAUGAUCCUACCGGAGCAUACCGACGGCGUUACCUGGAGAACAAAUCCGGGGACGGCGGCGGCAGACUCGAUUAAGACGUUCUCCACGACGCGUCGUAAGGAUCAUAAAUGACCAACUCUAAUCGACCUUGGCUCUAUCCUUCGGACUUGAUUGCUCACCUUGUAAUCCUUGUCACAUGCGCUGGUUUUACUUUACGUAACGAUUGCGUAACGGAAAACCCUGUUGCGUUCUAUCAUCUUUCGGAGCAUGGAAGUUUCCGUGUAUAUAUUAAGACAGGAUAUUAAAAAAAAAAAAACAACAAAAUAAACGCUUGAGCUUUACGUUGCAUUUUCGCACUG